AUGUCUUCCCCAAAGUCAGUCAAGUCCGACAAGUCCGACAAGUCCGGCAAGUCCGGCAAGUCGGCCGGCUCGAGCGGUUCGGCUGCUUCCGUUCUUUCCAUCAAGUCAGAUAUUUCCACUAUGUCCGCAGACUCCUUCAAGGCCCAGAACAAUCUGGACGCUGCUAUGGUCAAGAUUCUUGACGAGCAGAACAUCUUCGCAGUUCGCAAGCUGGUUUCCCAUAACGCCAAAAGGAUUGACCCUGCCACGGCUCCCGCCAAGAACAUCAGGUUCGCGGACGGCUGCUCGGAGAAGAUGAACAAUGAUCACGCCGCGUACAAGGCCGAGGUGGACAAGAUAAACCCAUGCAAAAGGGCAUACGAUACGUUCAGGAAGAGUAUGAAGGGCAAGAAUGACCCGGAGCUGCACAACCAGUGUAUAAAGCUGGCCCAGGCCUGGUGCAACCAGGGUGUGAAGGCCGGCAAAAUGCGAAUCAAUUUCCUCAAGGUCCACGAGGCGGAAUUGCUCACCCAUUUCAGCAUUAAGUCUACCAAGGAUCACAUCGCGCAGUGCGAAGAAAACCUCAAGUCAGCCAAUAAGGCCUGCCAAGAGAUCGCGAUUCAGGAACACAAGUUGGCAGAGACAUGCAAGCGGCUUGCCGCCGCUCAAGCUGCCGCUGCCGGUGCCUAG